GCAGGGGGGCACCGGGGAUGGUGCUGGAGCUGGAGCGCUGGGUUUGUACCUGCGAACAGGAGUUGGCUGUCUUUCAUUCCAGAUGUUUUCAUGCCAGGAGAUUUACUCCUUAUUUAUUUGUGGACUCCUUGUUUCUUUGUGGAGACCUUAAUUUAUUUGGGAUUAGGAUUCCCAUGGCACGUGAACUAGAGGAUAAUUUGGAGUAGGAGGUGUCUUCAUGCUGCCCAAGAUGGUCGGGAAGCUGAAGCAGAACCUGCUGCUGGCGUGCCUGGUGAUCAGCUCGGUGACCGUGUUCUACCUGGGCCAGCACGCCAUGGAGUGCCACCACCGCAUGGAGCAGCGCGGGCAGCCCCCGCGGGGGGACGGUGCCAGGGCCACGCUGGGGACAGCCCCCAGUGCCAGCACCAACAGAACCCUGCCCUACAGCAAGGACAUGCCUCUGAUCUUCAUCGGGGGAGUGCCCCGCAGCGGCACCACGCUGAUGCGCGCCAUGCUGGACGCGCACCCCGAUAUCCGCUGCGGGGAGGAGACCAGGGUGAUCCCCAGGAUCCUGGCUGUGAAGCAGAUGUGGGCCAGGUCCAGCAAGGAGAAAAUCCGCCUGGAUGAGGCCGGGGUCACGGAUGAGGUGCUGGAUUCAGCCAUGCAGGCGUUUUUGUUGGAGAUCAUCGUCAAACACGGCGAGCCCGCUCCCUAUUUGUGUAACAAGGAUCCCUUUGCUUUAAAAUCCCUAACUUAUCUCGCCAGAAUUUUCCCCAAUGCCAAAUUCCUGCUGAUGGUCCGGGAUGGCCGUGCAUCUGUGCAUUCCAUGAUCUCCAGGAAAGUCACAAUAGCUGGCUUUGACCUGAACAGCUACAGGGACUGCCUGACCAAGUGGAACCGGGCCAUAGAAACCAUGUACAACCAGUGCAUGGAGGUGGGCUUUGGCAGGUGCAUGCUGGUGCACUACGAACAGCUGGUGCUGCACCCUGAGAGGUGGAUGAGGACUCUCCUCAAGUUCCUGCACAUCCCAUGGAACCAGGCAGUGCUGCACCAUGAGGAGAUGAUUGGAAAAGCUGGGGGGGUUUCUCUUUCCAAGGUUGAAAGAUCCACUGACCAAGUGAUCAAGCCAGUGAAUGUGGAAGCCCUGUCCAAGUGGGUUGGGAAGAUCCCAGCUGAUGUCCUGCAGGACAUGCCAGUGAUUGCCCCCAUGCUGGCCAAACUGGGCUAUGACCCCUAUGCCAACCCCCCCAAUUAUGGGAAGCCAGAUCAGAAAGUGGUGGAAAACACAAGGAGGGUCUAUAAAGGUGAAUUUCAGCUUCCUGACUUCCUCAAAGAAGUGCCACAGACUGAACCUAUGGAAUAGAGGAUAAAAUGGACAUUUCUUGCACAGAAGGAGAUCAACUGCUGCCUUUUCCAUGGGAAUGAUCCCUCAGGCCUAGGCCCCUGGGAUCAGAGGUGUGCUGCUCAUGGCCUGUUCUCUUCAGAAUGUUCUCUCCUGUUUCUUUCAUCCUGUUUUUGUUCUGUAUUUUGCUGUUGUGAGCGCAUGUAAACCUUAUAAAAAAAACAACAAAAAAAUCACUGAUGUUAAUGUAGAACUGCAUUACAUUCGCACAACUAUUUUUUUAAGGUUUUAAAAAAUGCAAAAGCAAUGCCUGUCUCUGAAAUUGCUCUUUUGUUUUAAUUACAGGGCUCCAUCUUCAAAGAUUUUUUUUUUUUUGUUUCUUGUAGCAGUUUGGUUUUAAAUGUAUGAAGCUUUCAAGAGUGCUCUGUGCUUGUCCUGAAAGAUUUUUGGUGGAACAGUUUGUUUAAUUCAUAUGUGGAAAAUGUUAAUUAUCUUUUAUUUAAAAAAAAAAAGUUGAUAAAUUACAUGUACAAUUGCAAUUCAAUGAUCUUUUGUAUUUUAUUUUUCAAAAUAAAUGCUUUAAAUGUGA